AGGAAGUGUGAGAACUGAACGCAGGAGGAAAACUGUUGACUUUUGCGCAUCGACAAGUCGCGACGUCGAAGUGAAUUAUGACUUUUAAGGCCGACAGCAGGCAAAGAUGCAAUGGAGGUCAAUAGUCGUGGGUCUUCUCGUUUUGAGGGUGCUGCUGAAUUGCGCGGUGUGGCUAGUGGUUGGACUGGGACCCAGCUGGGGCUUUGACUUGAUCAACCCCAUCAAAUUCACGUUCAACUUGCAUAAGAGCGAACUUCUCCAGGAUGGAGACCGAGCCACCGUCAAAACUAACGCCUGGUUACAGCACAUGUACGAUAACAGAAACCCUCAAGCAAAGACCUGCGCCAAGAUUAGUGGGAAUUCACCAAAGAAAUCCUACCUCAGCUUCUUUCAGGAGGGUAGAGAUGAAUAUGACAGAAAGUACAGCUCCUUCCCUGACGCGCUGAAAGUCAAGAUGAAGGGAAUGGCCCGAGACAUGUUUUAUUUCGGAUAUGAUAACUACAUGAAGUUUGCCUUUCCAGAGGACGAACUGAACCCUAUAGCUUGUGAAGGUCGAGGACCUGACGUGCUUAACCCAUCAAAUAUCAACAUCAACGAUGUCCUUGGAAACUACUCUUUGACCCUCAUCGAUGCUCUUGAUACGCUGUUGGUUCUUGGAAAUGUGACCGAGUUCCAUCGAGCUGUUAAGCUUGUGAUUGACACGGUCUCUUUUGACAAGGACUCCACUGUUCAAGUCUUUGAGGCCAACAUUAGAAUUCUAGGCAGUUUGAUCUCGGCCCAUAUUCUGCUGACUGAUCCACGGCACCCGUUUGGGGACAUAGCGCUGAAAGACUAUGAUAAUGAGCUGCUGCACCUGGCGCAUGACCUGGCCGUUCGACUACUACCUGCCUUUGAGAACACUAGCACUGGCAUCCCCUAUCCCAGGGUGAAUUUAAAGAGAGGCGUCCCUCCUGACAGCAUUAAUGAGACCUGUACGGCAGGGGCGGGCUCUCUGCUCGUGGAGUUUGGCAUUCUGAGCCGUCUGACUGGCGACUCUACAUUUGAGUGGGUCGCCCGGCGUGCUGUUAAAGCUCUUUGGAACUUGAGAAGCAAUGAAACUGGGCUGUUGGGGAAUGUGGUGAACAUUCAGACUGGUCAGUGGGUAGGGAAGCAGAGCGGUCUCGGUGCAGGCAUGGACUCAUUCUAUGAGUACCUCCUCAAGUCCUACAUUUUGUUUGGAGAGAAAGAAGACUACAGGAUGUUCUCUGCAGCUUAUGAGAGCAUUCAGAGCCACCUGAGAAGAGGAAGAGCGGCAUGUAAUGAAGGAGAUGGCGACCCACCACUCUAUGUGAAUGUGAACAUGUUUAAUGGACAGAUCAUGAACACAUGGAUUGACUCUCUGCAGGCAUUCUUCCCUGGACUACAGGUUUUGAAUGGAGAUGUUGAAAAUGCCAUUUGCCUUCAUGCCUUCUACUAUGCAAUCUGGAAGCGUUUCGGUGCUCUUCCGGAAAGAUACAACUGGCAGCUUCAGGCCCCAGAUAUUCUCUUCUACCCUUUAAGACCAGAACUAGUAGAAUCCACAUACCUACUCUAUCAGGCAACCAAGAAUCCUUUUUAUCUUCACGUUGGGAUGGACAUUCUUGAAAGCCUUGAAAAAAAUACCAAAGUCAGAUGUGGUUAUGCCACUCUCCAUCAUGUGGUGGAUAAGUCCAAAGAAGAUCGCAUGGAAAGUUUCUUCCUCAGCGAAACAUGCAAAUACCUUUACCUGCUCUUUGAUGAAGAUAACCCACUGCACAUGUCUGAGAGUAAGUACAUCUUCACUACAGAAGGCCAUGUAAUGCCGAUAGAUCAGCGCUUCAGGGAGAAAAAUUGGGAAGACCAGUUUCCGUGUGAAGAGCCUAAUAAUGAGCCCCCAGCCAACAUAAGCAACUGUGAAAGGAUUCCUGAAGAGCGACGUUACGGCCUUCCGCUAAAGAGCAUAUACAUGAGGCAAAUAGACCACAUGGUGGGGCUGUCCUGACAUCAGUACUGUCCCUGGACAUCUCAACACAUACAAACCCCCUGGAGGGGUUCAAUAACUCUCCAAUAAGAUAACUUUUCAGUCUCUUUUUGCACAUGAAGUGGUCAACAAAUCAACCAGUAUCAGUUGUUGUGUUUUUGGACAUAAAAGUUGUCUUCUAUUUUUAUCUAUUGUCUUAAUUUGGACCAGGUGUUUGGGUUUGGCUAUGUAUUCAGAUCCAGUCAGCAAAGGUCCACAGCCUAAAAAAAAAAACACAGUCAGGGCAGUUUGGCUCUUCAGAAUCCUAAAAUGCAUUGCAAAACUGCUUUUGAUUCUUUGGGCUGAUCAAUUUCUAUAUUGUGCAAUUGAGUGCGUUUACACACACUGUUACAUGUUUACUUCAGUGCCAUGUUUAUUGAAACUAUUCAAAAACAGUUGUUUUAUAUACACCUUAAAGGAACACACACAAAAGAUGGGCUUAAUUUAACACAAAUCAAACUGUGUUCUGAAAAUGUUUUCACUUUGCAAUAUGACGCAUUCUUUAUUUUUUUUUCAUACUUUGUGCCUUGGUUUGCAAGGUGUAGAACACUGGCCUAUUUUAUUUUUUGCAAGAUUCCUCAUUUCCAGUUGUACCCAUUCUGGUUUUAUGCUGUCAGUGUGUUGUGAUGAAAUUGGAAAGGUUUUGUUAUGUCGCAUACAUGUGUGGUAAGGUUUGAAAUCUCCACUCCUAUGUUAUUUUGACAGAACAAACCUCAUAAUUUGGUACAUUUUACACAGCAGGACGAGGAAGUGCUGUAGAUUCUCUCUCAAUUAGGUCUGGACAUCUAGUAAUUAGUCUCCGCUCUUCUAUUUUGUAUGUAAACAAAUAUGCAUAUUAACAGUGAAAUACAUCAAAAUUGUGACAUUUUUUGGACCAAAUAUUAAAUUUAACAAAAAAACAUGUGCCUUUAACAAAUUUAAUUUUUCUUCAGUCCUCAGGAUCAGUAGUAUGCCAAAAUGCAGUCUCUGAUAAUGCAGAGGUGAUAUGCAUGUGCUGUGCAAGUAACGUCAUUAACUCUUUUAAUGCUUAAUUGUUGGUGCAAAAGUUUUCCGAACAAAAGUCAGAAAUAAGGGAUUCUGAGAAUGAUCAGUAUAAGAGAAGAAUUCAUUUCUUUGGUAUUACAGAUUAUAAUUUCCUUGGGGCACAUACACAGAGAGGAUACUCUCAUAAAUGGGUUAUAUUUAUUAAGAUUUGUUUUUAUCAGAUGCAAGUAUUAUCUAAUUAAAGUUGAUCAGAUUAAUGUU